GGGGUUGGACGGGGAGCGGAGGGGGGAGAGUUAGCGUGGCCAGCGGCCGGACAGCGCUGGGGCAUUGUCCGCGCAGCGAGACCAGAGCCUCCGGGGCGCAGCGCUGGACUCACCCUUCCAAUACCCGCCCCACUCCAAACCUCACCCCUCUCCCCUUUUUUAUUAUUUAUUAUUAUCUCGAAUAGAGCGCUGUAAACUGCCUUGAGGGGAGGGUGUUGUUGGUGAAAAUGGCAAGUGAUCAUUUGGAUCGGUGACAGGCUUUUAGCCGUGUUGUCUGUCUUAAUUCAUGGGAAAACAGCCCGGCGUGCCAAGAGAGAGAGAGAAAAAAAAAGAAGAGGGAAGGAAAAAGAAACAAAAUAUAAGGGCAGAGUUUUGAUGGGAGUUCGGACAACUUUUUUUUUCGUUUGCAAAUUUCCCCACACCCAGAGAGAGCGAGAGAGAGAGAACCAGUGUUGGCUUCGCAGGUUUGCGGGCUUCAGCCUCCCGUCAUGUUUGACUGCAUGGAUGUCCUCGCAGUCAGUCCUGGUCAGAUGCUGGAUUUCUACACUCCGAGCCCGUCUUCUUGCAUGCUCCAAGAGAAAGCUCUGACCGCAUGCUUCAAUGGACUGACACACAGGGAAUGGCAACCGAAACCCAGCACUCAAUCAAUUGAAACACAAAGUACCAGCUCUGAAGAGAUCGUGCCGAGUCCUCCGUCUCCAAUCCCACCUCCACGAGUGUACAAACCUUGCUUUGUCUGUCAGGACAAGUCAUCCGGUUAUCAUUAUGGGGUCAGUGCCUGUGAAGGAUGCAAGGGUUUCUUCCGAAGAAGCAUCCAGAAACACAUGGUUUAUACCUGUCACAGGGAAAAGAACUGCGUCAUCAACAAAGUCACAAGAAAUCGCUGCCAGUACUGCCGAUUACAGAAAUGUUUCGAAGUGGGAAUGUCUAAAGAGUCUGUAAGAAAUGACAGGAACAAAAAGAAGAAGGAGACACCGAAGCAAGAAUGUUCAGAAAGCUACACCAUGACGGCAGAAUUAGAGGAUCUAAUUGAAAAGAUUCGCAAAGCUCACCAGGAGACCUUCCCUUCUCUCUGCCAGUUGGGCAAAUAUACUACAAAUUCCAGUGCUGACCACCGAGUACGGCUUGACCUGGGUUUGUGGGACAAAUUCAGUGAACUUGCCACAAAGUGCAUUAUCAAAAUAGUGGAAUUCGCUAAGAGGCUGCCUGGCUUCACAAGCUUGACCAUUGCAGAUCAGAUUACUCUUCUCAAAGCUGCCUGCUUGGACAUCCUGAUUCUGCGGAUCUGCACCCGAUACACUCCAGAGCAGGACACGAUGACUUUCUCCGACGGCCUUACACUGAACAGGACUCAGAUGCACAAUGCAGGUUUCGGGCCUCUCACCGACCUUGUCUUCACCUUUGCCAGCCAACUCCUGCCACUGGAAAUGGAUGACACCGAAACAGGCCUUCUCAGUGCCAUCUGCCUGAUCUGUGGGGAUCGGCAAGAUCUGGAAAAUGCGGGAAAAGUGGACAAACUGCAGGAACCGCUUCUGGAAGCUUUAAAGAUUUACAUCCGGAAAAGAAGACCCAAUAAACCCCAUAUGUUCCCAAAGAUACUAAUGAAAAUCACAGAUCUCCGGAGCAUAAGUGCCAAAGGUGCCGAACGUGUCAUCACACUUAAACUGGAGAUCCCUGGGUCGAUGCCACCCCUCAUUCAAGAAAUGUUGGAGAACUCAGAAGGACAUGAUCCCCUCGCCCCUGCAGCGGACGAAAGCACAGAAACUAACAGCCGGGCGCUAGAAGCCAAUGCCAGCCCCACUGUGUCUCCCAACACCGCAGUCAAUGGACCAAACCACCGUGUACCAAACACACAGUGAAAUGGCGCAGACUCACCACAUCCAUUCACAAACGUGGUAUUUUCAUUGUUAUUUUCUUUUACUUUUGUUUUGAACAAGCAAGGCCCGAAGGUCCAGGCUGAAAAUGGUGUAUUCAACGUUAAAAUUGCUGAUGCUCUUGACCAUAAUGGAUUUUGGAGUCUGGGAAUACUGAGGAAGGAACUUUCUCAGUCAGGUCUCUUCCUCAUGGAUUGUAUGGUCAGCUCAGAGUCUGAUACCUGGUAUAGUCCAUCUGUAUAUCCACUGUUGCAUGCUGGCGAGAAACCAUGGGAAUGAUGGUGAACUCUGAUUAUUACCUUACUUUGCGGAGUUAUUCCUCAAUGUGAACUCACUUUCUACGCUGGAGAUUCUGGUGCUUUCUUAAUGACUUGCAUUUCAUGUUUCAAUACACACACACAUACAUACACACACUCACACACACACACACACACACACACACACACACACACACACACACACACAGACACACACACACAUACACACACACACAUACAUACACACACACACACACACACACACACACACACACAUACAUACAUACACACACACACACACACACACACACACACACAUACACACACACGGCGGUCAGGUGAGUUAUGGUUGUGGAUUCUCCGGAUUAUUCUUAAUGUUGUGUUUUCCUGCAUUUUCUAUUCAGAUUCGCCUAAAGGCUGGAAUUUUACCCUCAAUGAACCAGCAUUCAGCAUUCAAACAGACAAGGACAUACACUCAGUGUGGCCACUUCAUUAGGUACAGGAGUGGAACCCAGUGUGAUCUUUUGUUGCUGUAGCCCAUCCACUUCAGUGUUCAAUGUGUUCUGUUCUGUUGUAACGUGUGGUUAUUUGAGUUACUGUCAGCUUGAACCAGUCUGGCCAUUCUCCUCUGACCUCUCUCACUAACAAGGCAUUUUCACCCACAGAGCUGCUGCUCACUGGAUAUUUUUUUUUCUGUUUUUUUGCAGCAUUCUCUGCAAACUCUAGAGACUGUUGUAUUUGAAAAGCCCAGGAGAUCAGCAGUUUCUGAGAUACUCAAACCACCCUGUCUGGCACCAACACUCAUUCCCCAGUCAAAGCCACUUAGAUCACAUUUCUUCCCCAUUAUGAUGUUUGGUCUGAACAACAAUUGAACCUCUUGACCAUGUCUGCAUGCUUUUAUGCAUGAGGUGCUGAUUGACUGAUUAGAUAUCUGCAUUAAUGAGCAGGUGUACAGGUGUACCUAAUAAAGUGGCCACUGAGUGUACUUUACCUUCUUUUACAAUGAAAAAGAGAGGUUGAUAUUUUAAUUUUUUUAAUGCUGUUGUUAAAUACUGCUGGUGAUCGUUUCCCACUGGCACACAGUUAGCCAACACGACCAUGUUCUUUGUAUGCGUGUUUACAUUUCACAAGCACUUAAAUAACAAAUUUUUUUAAGGAAGGAGAAAGCAUUUCUCUGCAGACAGUAAUAUGAUAUUUUUGCAGUUGAGCUUUUUCCAUUUCACGUUCGCUUUGUACUAGCAUCCAAAGCUAGUCGAAUAUGUUUUUCUUUUAUUAUUUCAGCUGGGCAAAUUCAGCAACAGAUCAAAACGUAAAAAUGAGAAAGCUGCAUGCUGUCGCAGUAAAGGUAGCCUCCAAGGCACAACACUUUUUAGUGUAAUAUUGUUGUUUUAUCUGCUUGUUCAUGAGCCAGUAAGUGAAUUUCACCCGGUGGCUGACGCACAUUAUAUCUCUCUGCAGAAGCGUGUAACUAUUGUAGAUUUAUUCUCGAGUACAGUAAUUUGAGUUUAUCAAAUCAUUCUCGUGUAUAAAACACUAGUGGGAUGUUGUUUUUUUAGCAUUAGGACUGCUCCGUACUUUUACUGGCUCCGUUUGUACAUUGAAAUUGUUUAACAAUGCCUUCUAUGUUCAUAUACUGGUUAUCUUUUCCAUUACGUUUCCUGGCAAAAGAAUAAAGUAUAUUUAUUUUA